CUCAGGUUUGCCUUAAAACUUUUCCCUUUAUCCACCUCAAAAAUUUGCCUGUUAUUCAAGGACAAUGGGAACUUUUUCUUCUACCCUCCCUCCUCCCCCCAAACAAACCAAAAACAAAACAUGAGAAAAAGCAGCCAUUCUCACACAAUAACAGAACACAGGAAAAGCUUCGAUGUGCCACAAGCUUUGCCACUGGUCGUGUUUCUUCUCCCCCACCUCCUCCUAGACCAUACAGAGUUUGUGGAAGUUCCUUGUUCCUUGAAAUUUUGGUCAUACCCAUCCCAUCCACCCUCUUACACGACUCCGUACAUGUCUUUGUUUGAGAGCAGUGCGCUACGCCAGAGGGGUUUUCAGAAAACUGCUCGUACAUUAACCUAUACGUUACCCCAUUAAUCAAUCGCACCCAGUUUCAUGAAUACCCGCGAGCCACGAGGCAACAGCUGCAACCACGAUCGUAAACGCAACUGUGUGGGUGAUGGAGUGGAGUGGCGGCAGCCUAGCAUUCCAAACUGACACUCUGUACCACAUUUAUCAUUCCAUAUCAUAUUAACAACGCAUCAUCCACCCCCCCAAUAAAAUUUGGUGAUGAGAAAAGUUGUUACAAACAUACCGUCCCUCUCAACCCCCCUGGUCCUCCCAAGCCAAGCCUCGGGAAUAAUUUCCCUUGCGGUCAGUCAAAGAAAGACCUCAGGCAAAAAGUACACUGUAUGUUGGUGGUGCAAAACGACCGGGUUGCUCUGGUGGAGCGGCCGUUGGUUCUGGCUCACGAUUGCAACACACUUCACAUCCAGGGCGCUUGCUCUUUCUCACGGUCCAUGAGCGAGAUCUGCACCCAUAAUCUCAAGGUUAUGUGGCUCAGAAUAUCAAGCUGGAUGGGGGUGGGUAGCUAAAUUUCGGAAAGCCGCCCAGAUAUGCCUAUUUGAUCUCCAAUUUGCGCAAGAAUGGGUGAGCAGGGGAGCUAGCUGCAAAACAAUUAACUUUUGGUUCCUCUGCAUGAGUUGAUCCAUGAGCUCUAUGCCUAUACUAGCUGGGGUCCCAAAGUCACAUAAGAGAAGGCAAGGCGCCCUUGUCCCUUGGCGUUUCCAAGCUCCAGAGGCAAACAUUAGAUGGUUCUUCUCGAUACUUUCAGGGAGUGAGUUCGAAGCGCUUGUUUCUUUAAAGCGGGUGAAAGUGGAAUCAUCUGCUCCGUACAACGCCUGACAUGCUGUCAGGCUAUGAUGACUACUGUGUAAUGGCCGAGAGCGUUUAAAAUUGCGCCCUGGGAUAGUUUUUCUUCUUCUUCGCGGUUGGCCUGACCUGACAGAUAGGUAUUUGCACAUAAGGUGCCUGGGAUAAUUUCGUAUUGAAGAAAAUUCAGGGCCCUAUCCAUAGCCUUGAUAUGGGCCCGUCCGUAAACGGGGCAGGGCAAUACGGAUAACUAAUACCCAUGCUCAGUACUCACUCUGUAGAUAUGUGAAUUCAUUAAACCUGGCAUUGAAUUGAGGCGCAAGAUGUAGAUUUUUUGCUGGCACAUCUCAAUUAUCAGCACCCAUACAUACAUAAUACUUGGAACAUCAGCUUGCUUGAACUGGG